AUGGGCAGCGGGCAGCCCCAGGUGUCGACCACCUACUCCACAUACUGGGGAGCGACGGCUCCAACUGUGUGUCGUUGGGGGACGUCGCUGCUCUAUGCGUCGUACGGGUCGUUCAUGGGAUGGCCCGCGCCGACUCUGCUCAUCCUGGAGGCGGAGGACUCGCCGGUUCCCCUGACCGCUGACGAGGGCUCGUGGCUGGCGUCCAUCAACUCGCUCACCAUGCUGGUCGCCAUAUUCGCCGCCGGGUUCGCCGUGGACCGCGUGGGCCGGAAGAAGCUGCUGCUGGCCGCCGCCGUGCCCCUCCUCGUCUGGUGGCUGAUGGUCGCCUUCGCAGAGUCCUAUGGCAUGCUGCUAGCCGCACGAUCCAUCGGCAGCCUCAGUGGCGGACUUACCAGCACCACGGCGACCAUCUACCUGUCCGAAAUCGCUGACGCCGACAUACGUGGUGCAGUCAUAACUAUUCACAUGGUGCUGAUGAACGGCGGGACUUUGCUCAUCUACUGUCUCGCUCCUUACUUGUCUAUUACAAAUACCGCUGCUAUUUGUGCAGUAUUGCCCGUUAUUUUCUUCAUCUCCUUCGUAUGGAUGCCCGAAUCACCGUACUUCCUUUUAAUGCGAGGCAGGGAACAAGACGCUAUCAACACACUUUUGAAGAUAAAGGGAGAUCUCAGCCCCGAAGAGCUAAAGGCAGAACUGGACAUGAUGCACGACAGCAUACGGCGGAAGCAAGAGACGAAAGGAAAACUCAAAGACCUGUUCACUAUACCAGUGCAUCGUCGGACACUGCUCAUAACAGUAGGGUUCAUUAUACUGCAAAUGUCCACCGGGGCUAUAGCACUGAUGACCUACACGAACUCCAUACUCGAAAUGAGCGGCAGUGAACUCGAUCCGAACUUGUCUUCUAUAAUGCAGGUCGCUGUCCAGCUCUUGUCGAGUGUCGGUGCGUCGUUAGUGAUUGACCGGUUCGGUCGGAAGACCCUCGCCAUGGUGUCUUUUGUAAUCUGUGGCGUCUGCGUCGCUGUUGAAGGCGCCUACUUCUACAUCAACGACGUCCAAGGAGACGUCCCUUCCGCUUUCGCCUGGGUGCCACUCGCUGCCUUGAUUGGCUUCCAUGUCUCCUUCACGUUCGGCGCAGGGUCAGUCCUCUAUCCGAUAAUAGGCGAGAUAUACCACGUGUCUGUAAAGGGCGCCGCCACGUCCAUCAACACGACGGUGAUAGCGCUGUACGGCUUCUUCCUGAAGAAGAUGUUCCAGGUGGUGUCGGACAGCGUGGGCGCCUACUGGUCAUUCUGGGCCUUCUCCGUGCUGUGUGUGUGCGGCGCUGUGUACACCUUCUUCCUGCUACCCGAGACCAAGGGCAAGACGUUCGCGCAGAUCAACCAGGAGAUGGACGCCCGAUUCGGCGGAAGUAGUCGACAACCUAUUGCUGAUCUCGUAAAUGUGGAACCAAAGUGAGAUGCAGGGAUUCUAAUCUUAACGAAAAGUACACGAUCACUGUGCCACUGAACAUCUUAGAUGUCUCCAAGACAUGCAGCCGUGAUCUUCAUUCUGUGAAUGAAACAAUG